CGGAGGAGCGGAGGAGCGGCGAGAGGAUGAGAGGCGAAGCGGACCGCGCCGUCACCCGCCGCACCUGAAAACCCAGCCCCGGGACCGCAUACACGCUGCACGCGCAUACAUGGCACGUUUGUCACGCUGAGCGGGAAAGUUUUGGCGGGUAUCUAUAAAACAAUGGUGACAAAUGAGUCUCACUUGAACAGUUCUUUGCGUGCCCCACACGACCAGCUGUCUCGCCCCCCGUGGGUUACAACAACUUUGGGGUGCUUCCUCAUCUUCACCGUCGUGGUCGACAUCCUCGGGAACCUCCUGGUCAUUAUUUCUGUGUAUCGGAACAAGAAGUUGAGGAACGCGGGGAACAUCUUCGUGGUGAGCCUGUCAGUAGCAGACCUUGUGGUAGCCAUCUACCCGUACCCUCUGGUCCUGAUCUCUAUCUUCCACAAUGGCUGGAACCUGGGUUAUGUCCACUGCCAAAUCAGUGGCUUCCUCAUGGGUGUUAGUGUCAUUGGCUCCAUCUUCAACAUCACGGGCAUCGCCAUUAACCGCUACUGCUACAUUUGCCACAGCCUCAAGUACGAUAAAUUGUACAGCGACAAAAACUCUGUGUGCUACGUGCUGCUAAUCUGGGCCCUGACGGUGGUGGCCAUCGUGCCCAACCUGUUCGUUGGCUCGCUGCAGUACGACCCGCGAGUCUACUCCUGCACUUUCGAGCAGUCGGCCAGCUCGGCGUACACCAUCGCGGUGGUUUUCUUUCACUUCAUCCUCCCCAUCAUGAUUGUCACCUACUGCUACCUGCGCAUCUGGAUCCUGGUCAUUCAGGUGAGGCGGAGGGUCAAGCCGGACAAUCGGCCCAAGCUGACGCCGCACGACGUGAGGAACUUUGUGACUAUGUUUGUAGUAUUUGUGCUCUUUGCCGUGUGCUGGGCGCCGCUCAACUUCAUUGGUCUGGCUGUGGCCAUCAACCCGGAGACAGUGGUGCCGCUCAUCCCGGAGUGGUUGUUUGUGUCCAGUUACUUUAUGGCCUACUUCAACAGCUGCCUUAACGCCAUUGUGUACGGAGUGCUCAACCAGAACUUUCGCCGCGAGUACAAGCGCAUCGUGGUGUCGGUGUGCACGGCCCGCAUCUUCUUCCAGGACAGCUCCAACGAUGCGGGCGAGAGGCUCAAGAGCAAACCUUCAGCUCUCAUGACCAAUAACAACCAGGUCAAAGUGGACUCGGUCUGAGCAAAGGCCUUAGAGGGCCGCUGCGGGUGGAAGCGAAGGCACGAGAUGAGUCGGAUGA